AUGCUCUUCCUUGUGAGCGCACUCGCGGCUCCGCUGUCUUUGCGGACAGAGACAGUCAGCAACGUCACCUGCACAGACUCAAGCGUCACCCUCGACACGCACGAGACCGACGUCGCCCUGCUGCAGAUAUGCGGCGGCAUUUCCGGCUCCAUCGAGUUCUGCCAGGGCAACCCGACCACGACCACCGGCACCGAUGGUGGCUCCCAAUUCACGAUCACCCCCGUCGAGAAGGGCGCGACCAUCAACAUCAGCAAGGGCCGCUGGGAGCAGGGCAUAAAGGCGGUGGCUGCAACCUGUGGUCAGAACAAGCCGUUCACUGCGACGUUUACUGGCGGGGCGAGCACAGGCGACGUGAACGUGGCGUUGACGCAGGUCUGA